AUGGGGCUGCUGGUGCUGCUGCUCUGCGCUGGGCUGGGGGCCCCCGCUGGCGCCACGCCCGUGUGGUGCUUCUCCCGAUUGGAGGAGCACGCGGGAGGCGGGGCCUGCGCCGAGCUGCUGAGCGAGGAGCCUGUACCAUUGGCUGACUGCUGCCUCAACCCCGCCUAUGGCUACAAGCUCCGCCCCCAAGGCCACUGCCACACCUGCCGGCAGGGUGCGUGGGGGCCCUGGGGCCCCUGGACCGGCUGCUCCGUGACCUGCGGGGAGGGGACCCAGCGGCGGGGCCGGAGCCGCAGCCCCACAGGGGACGAGGACAGGAGGGGAUGGGAGCUGCGAGCGUGUCACCUGCCCUGCUGUCCCGAGCCGGGGGGCUGGACCUCGUGGUCGCCGUGGGGCAGCUGCUCGGUGACGUGUGGGGCAGGGACACAGAGGCGGGGCCGGGCCUGCGCUGACCCCGCCCCCAGCGCGGGGGGGGGCUGCGGCCCCGGGGAGGUGGAGGAGAGGCGGGAGUGCCCGGGGGGUACCCCCAAGUGUCCCGUGGGGGGCUCAUGGGGCCCGUGGGGCCCAUGGGGCAGCUGCAGCGGGUCGUGCCGCGGGUCGGGGCAGAGCCCGAGCCGCAGCCGCAGCCGCCGCUGCGAUUCGCCGCCGCCGUCAUUGGAGCCACCGGGAGCCGCUUGCACCGGAGCCGGCACCGAGACCGAGCCGUGCCCGGGCCUGCCGCCGUGCCCAGAGGAUGGCGCCUGGGGGGCGUGGUCAGAGGCCACGCCCUGCUCGGUGACGUGCGGGCUGGGCGUAGUCAGGCUGCGCCGCGCCUGCGACGCCCCGCCCCCUCGGCACGGCGGCCGCGGUUGCCCUGGCAACAGCACCCAGCGCGCGCUCUGCGGGCCCCACGGGCCCUGCCCGGAAGUGGUGCACUGGGGGCCAUGGGGCUCAUGGACCCCCUGUGAGCAGCGGCCGUGGGGUGCAAUGAGCUGCCAGGCCAUGGUGGGGCGGCAGCGGCGGACGCGGCAAUGUGUGGGGCACAGGGCAGGGGGGCCCCCCUGCCCCACAGAGGAUGGGAUCGGCACCAUCCAGCUCCGUGCCUGCUACAACAUCCACCACUGCCUCUUGCCCGGGAACUGGUCGGAUUGGAGCCCCUGGGGCCUUUGCACCCCCCCAUGUGGGGCCAGCCCCACACGGAAGCGCAUCCGGGAGUGCCGGCCCACAUACCCCGCCUUCCCGCUGACGGUGACCUCGGUGGGGUCCCCCACCCCCAUCAACGUCACCUUCUGGGGGUCCCCGCGGCCGCGCUGCCCCCUGCUGGACGGGCAGCACCUGCGGGUGGAGGAGGAGCGGCCCUGCCUGCACGUGCUGCCCUGCCCCGCCCCCCACGAGGACUGAUGCUCCCGAUGACGUCGCGGGACCCCCCAAACCCCCCUUCCCCCUCCCCCCCCCCAAUAAACACCCGGCAGAUGA